UUUUUUUAAUUGUUAUGUUUUGAACUUAAACACAAUUUGAAUCCUAAUUUACCAUCUUCAUGAUAGAGCUGUCUUACCAUGAUGAUGUCUUGCAUAUGGCGUUAUGCAUGCUACUAAUUUGCAUAACUCUGCUUUCUGGUGUGGCCUUAAUGGGCUGUGGUCUAAUGUUAUUUUUUUCUUCUUGUUAUCGCAUGUCCCCUUUUAACUUCAGGUUGUAUUCUAUUCAGCAUCUUAAUAUCUCAGUCUUAUCAGCUAAGAGUUGUACUACCACUACAUUUGAGAUAAAUAACUCUGGGUCAGUAGAUCAUUGAAGAACAAAGUGUUCUGACAAAUAAAUAUCUAACUUUCAGAUAAAAAUAAUUGAGUUGCAGGAUACAGGUUCUAAUUACACCAAAGUCAAUAUGAACAAAUACUCUUCUCAGAUAUCAUUAACUUUUUAUUUCAUCAACACUUUUCUUUUAUUCCCCCUACUCUUGAGCCAAUUCUAUGGUACCGCAGAUGAGAUGUACACAUCUUGUGAACCUUUUAACUGCGGUAAUUUCGUUAAUAUAACUUAUCCAUUCUGGAACUAUAACACCCAACCUAGCUAUUGUGGACACCCUAAGUUUAUGCUUGACUGCCAAGAUGGAAGCUUGACUAUGGAAAUCAAAUACCAAAAGUUUCACAUCCUUCGUAUAGAUCAAGCCUCUCAAAUUUUGAGGAUUGCAAGGGAAGAUAUUUGGGAUUUUAUUUCAGGGGAUAUAGAGCUUUGUCCCAAACAUUAUACUAACGUGGAUAUAGAUUUUCAUUUCUUCAAUUACACUUCCAACAAUAAAAUGUAUAUUAUGUUGUACGAGUGUGGUCCUCUUCCAGAUUCAUACUAUUCUCCCUCGAAUCAAGAUAAUUUUGAAGUAACGUCUUGUGAUAUAGAAGGAAAAAUUCAAAUUAUAUACAUAGUAUCAAGUGCCAAAUUGACUGAUUUUAGUGUCAUGAAGUGUAAGAAUAGUAUCACGGUUCCCGGAAAAACGAAUUCUUUGAAAAACAAUUCAGGAGUUGCAAAGAGUGUUUUAGAUGACGGAUUCGAAGUGAGAUGGAAUGGUGUGGGAGAUGACACCUGUCAUAAUUGCAUAAAACAUGGAGGGAGAUGUGGAUACAAAAGGGCAGAAAAUGCAGUUAUGUGUCUCUCAAAGGAUCCAAAAGGAAAAUGGAAUUGGAAAAUGAAACUCACUGCUGGUGUUAUUUCUUCUGUGUUGGCAACACUUGUUAUCCUCGCAUCCAUAUAUAUUUAUAGGCGCCGCAGUAAUAAUAGUCAUGUUGAGUCCUAUAUACAGUCUCCUAGCAUCUCCUUGCAACCAUCUAAACGGAUUAGCAAAAGUAAAAACUUUGGAGUCGAGCAUUUCGUCUUUGAAGAUCUUGAUGUGGCCACAGAGUAUUUCAGCAUUGACAACAGACUAGGAGAUGGAGGCAGUGCAGAAGUAUUUUAUGGAAAACUACUAGAUGGGCGUCAAGUGGCGGUGAAAAGACUUUUUGAAUACAGCAUAAAUAAAGAGAAACAAUUUCUCAACGAAGUAGAAAUACUAGCCAGGGUUGUGCAUCCCAAUCUCGUGUUGUUAUAUGGUUGCACAUCACUAAUAAGCCGUGAAGCUAUGAUUGUCUACGAGUAUGUUUCUAAUGGAAGUUUGUAUGAUCAUCUUCAUGGUAACAAAGCAACAUCUGAGAAACUUCCUUGGAAUAUUAGGAUGAGGAUUGCUGUGGAGACUGCAGAUGCAUUGAAUUAUCUUCAUGCUUCUAAUAUCGUCCACAGAGAUAUUAAAUCGAGUAAUAUUCUUUUAAAUGCCGAAUGUCAUGUCAAAGUAGCAGAUUUUGGACUCUCCCGCAUCUUUCCAAUUGAUAAAAGUCGUGUUUUAACAACUCCAAAAGGGACUUCAGGCUAUUUAGAUCCCGAGUACAAUAAAACUCAGGAGCUUACUUAUAAAAGUGAUGUCUUUAGUUUUGGAGUGGUGCUGAUAGAGCUAAUAACAUGUUUGCGUGCUUAUGAUAUCAGCAGAAAGAAGGAGGAUGUGGUUCUGUACGAAAUGGCUAUGAACAAAUUUCAAAAUCAAACUUUGACUGACAUUAUGGAUCAUACCCUCGAUUUUAAUUCAGAUUCCAAAGAAAAUCAAAUGAUUAAUGGUGUUGCCGAGUUAGCAUUUCGGUGUCUUCAAAUUUCUAGUCAUAUGAGACCAACUAUGGAAGAUGUGCUCCAAAACUUAGUGAAUAUUCAAGGUGUGAAUGAGAUCCAACCCGAAGCAGCUAGUAGUUCUAACCCUGAUGGUGAAAUAAAGUUAGUUAAUAAUGCUAGUAGUUCUACAAAGCAGAAAAACGCUAGUGUUUAGAGUUUGUUAUAAAACUCUGGUUCAGUUAGUAUUUAAUUAUAGUUGAUUCUUAGAUAGUUAGUUUAUUUCAUUAUUUUGGAAAACUUUAUGUAUAUAUGUAGGGAUUGAUCCCAUUCUAUCAUUUGGUCAAGUUUUAUUAUGAAUGAGAAUUACAAACUGUUAUUUUCUCUCA